AUGAUGUACUCGAACCUCAGCAAGGGAUAUCCGACUUUCACUCACUGCCCUGCCGAGGACCAGGAGAUGUGGUUUCGUCAGUUUGCGCAAGAGUUCACCUGGAAUCCCGAUCACACGAACUUUAUCCGUGAUGCCUUCGUCCAUAAAGUUAUGGACAACUAUGGGAAGCAGAUCUACGAGUGGAAGCAGAAGUGGCUCAUCAACCAGGCGGAUGAAAAUGAUGGCGAGUCGGUUGAUGAUUUCGUCCUAAUGAAGACGACGCAUACCAACAAGCACACCGGGGAGAUUGAUGAUGGUGUUGUGAGGGAUGUGCUCAACCUGAUCGAAACUCAGAAGGAAGAUGAAGAGACCCGUCUAUCUCAGCUUCAUACCGACCUGGACACCACUUCGACGGCUUCGACUAACUUGUCCUGGAUUCGAAUCAACGAAAUCAUUGAAUCGUUGAAGGACAAAGAUGACUGCAUAGCUGCGUUGGAGCAAAAGAUGGCGGAUCAAGAGGCGGGAUGGGAGGCAACGAGGAAGCAGAACGAGCAAAUGGUGGAGAUGAUGAAGAGGAUGUACCCGAACGAGCAGUUCCCGUAG